AUGCUCGAAAACUUGAUAACUGAUUUAUUUUUUGCCCUGAACAAUAAAGAGGCAGUAAAAAAGAGAUUAACUUUCACAUCUUGCUUGGGCAUCUGGUGCCGCUUCCCCAUGUCAGUCGCCCAGCAGGCCUGCGGAGAAGCCAAGGGGCCCCCGGCCCGACCAGCGCCGAGCCCGCCCUGCACCCCCCGGCCCUCUCUCCCCUUCUCCCCCCGCAAAACGCCCGCGGAAACGAAACCGAAAGGCGGGGGCCGGGUCGGGGCCGGGCCGGGCCGUCACUCCGCUACGCGGCGGCAUUUGCCCUACGAGCUGCCCUGCCCCUCACGUCCGCUUCACCUGUGUGAGAGAGGAGAGGGCGGCCCAGGCCCCCGGCGCCCCUCAAGCAGACGAGGAGAGCCCUGCUCCGGCUGCCCUGAGGAGCCCCUUUCCGCCCCCCCGCGCAGCCUCCAUUUCGGUCAGCAGAACCGGGACCGGUACCUGCCCGCCCCAGGCCUGACGCGCGGGCGCCCGCAUCGCGGCCCGACAGCCGUCCCGGCGCUCCGCUACCCCCCCCGUCCGCGGCCUCGCCCCUCCUACGGUCGCCCGCAGGUGAGGCCGUCCCUGAGGCGGUGCUGCCGCGGCCCUCCCGCCUCGUCUCGCCUAGGAGAAGCACCUGUGGUGCCUGCGAGCCCCCGCUGUCGCCGCCAGGUACGUGAGGCCGGCUGCCCGCCCCCGGCAGUGCGGCGUGAGCCGCGCUCCUCUGCUCCCGGAGGCUCGCUCCGCCUCGGUUCUUCGUUCUUGGGGGCCGCGGCUGUUGCCUCCGGGGGCUGCAAGGGGUGA